AUGAAUACUGCCGAUAAACUACAUUUGGUUCAGUAUAAUUCUGUUUCAUCAGUUGUCUUCGAAAAUGCCCAUGAUCAACAAACUAUGUUGAAGGCUUUGCAUGCACUAUAUCCAUCCGGUGGUACUAAUUUGAAGGCAGGUCUCGAUCAAGUGAUUCCAUUAUUGAAAAAAUAUUCCGAUCGAUCUACUGUCAAGCGAUUUUUCAUUUUGUCAGAUGGACAAAUCAAUGAAGGUGUAACCGAUCACAAUCUUUUGUUAAAAGAAAUAACAGCUAUCAAGAAUACGUAUGAUGUCACGAUUUGUUCCUUUGGUAUUGGAUAUGAUUUUGAUGAAAAAUUAAUGACAAAUAUAGCUGAUUAUGGUUCAGGCGAUUAUUUUUUCAUCAAAGGUCCCGAAAGUAUGGAGAAAGUUGUCGGUAUUGCCUAUCAAGGAUUUCAAAAUCUCAUGGGUAUCGAUGCCUACUUGAAAGUGACAAGCAAGUAUGAUACACAAAUUGUCGAUAUUUACGGAUACGACAUAAAAGAGGAAGAACAACAACAAAUAAUUCCUAUUGGAAAUCUUCGUUACAACGAUAUGAUGAAUAUUCUACUGGAAACGAAAGUGAAAAUAACAAAAGAAUUACUCGAAAAGCCUGAGAUAGAUUUCAUGAUUGCAGAAUUGUGGAUGACCGAUGUCACCGAUCGAUCGCCGAAAUUAGUGGUCUCGAAAACUCUUCUCUUUUCAUUAAGUCGAGAUGAUAAGGAAUUAAACGAGUUGAAUGAGAUCGUCCAACAUCUGAUCGAAUUACAAAAAAUUCAACGACGUGAAAGAGAAGUCACGGAAUUAUUACGAGAAAAACGAGUGAAUGAUGCAUUCGAUCUAUCACAGUUGCUAGCCGCUCAAGUACAAAAGGUACAGGACGAACUAGCCCAUGUGACAGUAUCAGAUGAUGACAUAGAGACAUUAGGAUUUACUCAACGCAAAGUAAACACGAUUGUUAGACGAUCAAUGGAAAUGAAGAACACCUUUCAAGAAGAAUCGGAAAACAGUGAAAAGAUAGCUAUGGUACAUCACUAUUACCAGCAAUUGAACGAUAAACAUAGCUCUGCCCAUGAAGAUUUGUGA